AUGAAUAAUACACUUACAAUGAAUUCUGAAAUGGAUAAUAAAACUAUUUGUCAACAAUAUUUUAAUUUAAAUGAAAUAACAUAUAUACCUGAUAUAUAUGAAUUGAAACAACAACCUAUAUUAGUUUUAACAGAUCAACAACAAUUACAAACUAUAACAUCAUUAUCAAAUUCUACACUUCAAAUAACUCAAUCAUCACAAAUUUCUGUAGAUGAUCAACAACAUCAAAUCACUUCACAUGUAUCUGAUUUAGAAUCAAUAAAUUCAAAUAAUAAUAAUAAUAAUUGCCAUAGUAACUAUAAUAAAAUCAAUAAUAUUACAAAAUUAUCAUUAAUACCUAUAAUUUCAAAUAAUUCAAUAAAUAAUAAAAAAAAUUUAUGGUUACUUCAACAAACUUCUGAUAAUUCAAUAAUAAAUUCAAAUAUAAAACGUCAUUUUAAACAUCGUGUAACAAUAAAUCAUCAUUCUAAUCAACAUCCUAUUUAUUAUUCACAUAAUAUAAAAUCUAAUAAAUUUGAAUAUAAUUCAUUUAGUGCUCCAUCUUCACUUAUAUCUAAUACAAUAGCUACAACAUAUUCACAAUUAAAAAAUGAAAAAAUUAAAGAGAAUAAACAAAUGAAUAAUGAACAAUUACAAUUAUUAUUACCUACAUUAUCAACAGUAAAUUUAACAAAUGAUAAUGUUCAAUAUGAUGAUUAUGAAAAUUGUUUAAAUCAUAAAUUUCUAAAUGAUUUAGAUAUUAAUUUAACUGAAAAUAAUAUUGUAAUUACUGAACCAAUACAAAUGACUGAUCAAUCAUUUACAAAUCAAUCAAUGACAAAUGAUUAUAAAGUGAAUUUAUUAACAUCUAAUGAAUGUCUUUCUUCUUCUUUAGAAAAUCAAAAAUUAGAUGAUUUACAAUAUAAUACUAAUCUUAAUAAUAGUAGUUAUAUUAAUUUAGAUAAUGGUAAUUGUCCAAUUCGUUCACAUUCAUUUUUUCAAUUACGUCAAUUAGAUUCUCUUAGUUCAACUGGAUCUUAUUCUAAACCUGAUACAGAUAUAUUAUAUCCUAUGAAUGGUUCAUUUAAUCAAUUAGCUAUUCGUGUUUCUUCAUCACCUAUAUCAAUUUGUAGUAAUAAUAACUUUUAUCAACAGAAUAAUUGUUUAGAAGAUCAAUAUAAUAAAACUACUUUUAAUGGUAACACUUAUGGCGGUAGUAGUAACAAAAACAGACGGAGUAAAUGCGAGAAAUAUAUCAGUCCGGACAAACACACUUGCAUUAGAUCAUAUUCAGCUAUGAGACAUCCAAAUGAAUGCAAUAUACGUGUAUUUCGUUCACCUCUCGAUGUCCUUUCACCGUGUAAAGGAAAACUUCGAUUGGAUAUAGAAUAUCAAAAUCAUUCAAUUAAAUUACACGUAAUUGAAGCCAAAGGACUUCGUACUACUAACAGUCAGAACUGCAACUCUUUCGUGAAAAUAAGUGCAUCUCCAGACAAAGGCGUUACAUUUGAACAAACUACUGAAAUAGUCGAAAACUCAGCAACACCACGUUAUAAUAAAGAAUUUUUGUUAAAUUUAAACAAAAUAAAGUAUUGUAAAAGAAUUCAUCUUGCAAUCUAUGCUCAAUCAACUAAAGAGUUAGACUGUGAAUUUCUUGGUGGAAUGUCCUUUGGAAUUCCCAGUAUACAAAACAAGAAACACAUCUCAGGUUGGUAUUAUUUAUUAGAUGAAAAAAUGUUUAAAAAGAAGCAUCUCAAAACUGCUUUAGAUCCUAUCACCAACUUUGAAAAUGUUUUAUGUGCAACAAAUGAAUUAAUUGUAUCAGAUAUAAUGAAAACCGAAGCUGUUACUGAUACUGUGACAACAAACACAUCAACAAAAAAUCAACAAAUUCCUAUUAUUCUAACAUCGAUGAAUGAAAAUGUCACACAUUCAAGUACAAAUGAAAUUCAUCCUAACAUAAAUCGUAAUUUUGCUAGUAAUAAACACGAUAUAAAUAAUCAUUGUUCCAGGGAAUUUCGUCCAGUAUUGUCACCUACUAACUUUAUGAUUUAUUCACAAAAUCUGCCUAAUACAUUGUUACCAUAUCAAAUUAAUAAUCCACCAGUUAAUUCACAUUUUCCACAAUUUUCAUCACCAGUUCCUAUACGAGCAAAUAUGUCAAUUCCAAAUACGAAUAAAGCUUUAAGUAAUAUGAGAAUAUUUCAAUUUCUUAUUCAAAAAGGUUCUAAGGGAUACGGAUUUACUUUAUGUGGUAAUUGUCCAGUUUACGUUAGCCAUGUGGAACCGGGUUCACCGGCAAUGCAGUGUGGAAUACAAGCUGGUGAUUUUAUAGUUGCAAUUGAUAAUAUAAAUGUCUCACGAUCUACAAGUAAUAGUGUUGUUCGCAUGUUCAGAAUGUCUCAGCAUCCUGUUCAUAUUACUAUUUCACGUCCUGUCCUGAUAAAACCUUGUAUGUCAACUACCAGUAAUGUACAUUCGACUAGUAGUAGAUCCUUUGGAAAUUUAAUUAAUAAAACAUGUUUUUCUGCACAUAAAAAGUUAUCAAAGGAAUCAACAAAAUUGAUUCAACCAACAAAUAUUUCAAAAGUGAGUCAUACUGAAUUUUUUUCAUCUUUACCAUAUCAUCAACAUCUUUAUGAUAUAUCUUCACUACCAUCAUCUUCAUUUAUAACAGUUCCAUUAACUUCAUCUUCAUUUAUUGACUAUUUAAAACAUUCUAGUUAUCUUAAUUCAUCGAAUUUACAUCACAAUUCCAAUUCAACAAUUUGUUCAUCUAUAAAUCAUUGUAUAAUACCGAAAUUCUCUAUUCCUCAAUCUAUUUCAUUACAUCAAACAAUGAAUGAACAAUUGGCUAGAUUAUAUCAAGACAAUUGUCAAAUAGCUGCUAUUCUAUCCCCUAAUCAAAAUAUUCCUCAUCAUAAUCAGGAACAACAACAACAACAACAUCAACAACAACAAAUAAAUGAUGUAGACGAUAUCGCUUUAGUUAGAAUACCAUGUAACGAAAAUUAUACAAAAUCUAAUAAACAUCAAAAUUAUGUUAAUAAUGAUAAAAAAAAUGAAUUUCAUCAAUUAUUUCCCCUUUUUUCCAAUGAAAAUUUCACUAAUCAUACCAGUUUCUAUAAUUGUCCAUCAAUGGAACAAUUAAAUCAAUAUCAAUCACAAUAUCCAAUGAAUAUGACGAUGAUGAUGAUGAUGAUGAUUAUGAUGACGAUGAAAGCACCAACUGUACAAUUAAGUUCAAAUCAAUUUCAUACUGCUGGUUUAAAAAAUUUUAAUGGUUGGUUGAAUCUUCUUGAAAUAAAAGAUUGA